AUGAAAGAUUAUACCGAUUUGACCAAACUCGAACUCAUCGAGCUGCUUAGAAACCGCGGCCUCUCGCUUCUCGGAGUGAAAGAUGCUCUCAUCAGUCGCCUAGAAGAGCCUGAAAGACCAAAGCCAACUACAACCCCUCAGCGCCCGGUCUCAGAUACUCACAUCAGUCGUUCAUCGCUCUUCUCCAAUGAUAUUCUUACCAGUGAUGAGGGGGACUACGCCAAUUGGGAGAAAACCUACGGCGAUAUGGCACUGGAGGCUAGCAAAACUCCUGACCCCGAAUCCAAAAAGUUCCCUGCAUCAAAGUCUGGGCCGAUCCCCAAGGUUUCUUUCAAUAUCCCAAAGUCAGAGUUGUCUACUUCUGUUUUUUCUGAAGUGGACACUACUACUGACAAGAGCCCCUCCAAAACCGAAACGACAGCCACUGUUCCUGGCUCCCUUCCUGUCGACAGAGUCACUAAAACUGGUUUCAAAUACAAAUCCCUUGCAGCGGAGUUCUACCCAGCAGAAGAAAAGAUUAUCAAUGCUGCCACCAAGCCUAUUUCAAUUGCGCUUCUUCCCAAGCCUACCAUUAAAAUCCCCUCUGGUGCCCCUACUGGUAAUAUUAUCCCCAUGAGUUCUAGUGAUCCUGUUUCGGCCGGCAGUGCUGCUUCUUCCGUAACACUCGAUUACCUUAAAAUUUCCCCAACCACUGUCCUCACGUCCAUCGUUGAAGAGAUAAACGCAGGUACAACCACUGGCGUUACGAACAGUCUCUCUAAAAAAGACGGAGACUCCAAAACCCGCACGGAAUCAGAAUCCUUCAAGACUACCAAGUCCGGAUUUAAGUUCAACUCGAUUGCGUCACUUUUCCCUGAAGACAAGGCACCCACCAAAUCAUCUAAGUCAAAUGACCCUCCGAUCAAGGCCCGUUCUUCUGUCCAACCCACAGCUACUCCUACGGUCUUAGCAAAGCAAAACCCUACCGGGAAAAUAGCUCUUUCCUUGCGCGCAAAGCGUUUCGGCAUCCCCCAAAAGGAUGAACCCCCUGUCACCACAAAGGCCAGGCGAGAGGGUCGCUUUGGGGUUGCGGAACUUGUCGACAACUACGAAAAGAUCAAGGAUCGUGGAAGAAACCACAAGUCCGAGAAAGAGAAGGAAAAAGAGAAGGAACGGGAGAAAGAGGGGGAAAGGGAGAGGGGGAAUAACAGGAGGAGGGUCUCUGGCGGCAAGAGGGCUAGAUAUGAAGAUGAGAACGAUAUCUACCACGACCGUGAGUACAGGGCUGUUCGCCAGCGGCAGUCUCGCUCAAGCAUGAACAACGAACGUCGUGGUAGAUAUGCGUAG